UGGUUAGUUUGAGUGUCUGACGAAACGAGAAAAAUCUGACAUUUGCCAGACAAAUCUGGCAACCUGACAACGCUGGUCCGACUGUAUAUAUGAACAUGGUGGACUCGGAAGCAACGCGAUCAUCCGUGAAAGUUAAAGAGGAGUUAGACGAUGAAUCCAAUCUGAUGAGUUUAGAAAAACUGGAUCGGGAUUCUCCAGAGAUUUGGUCAGAAAAAGAAAUCCAUGAAAUAAAUACACCAAAUCUCAAUUUCUCUCCACCAGCAUGGACUAAAGGUCUGACGCAGGAUGAUAUCAAUUCAAUGUAUCAAUUGGGUGCUUUAUCGACAAAUGGCAUUAUAGCAGAGGUUAGGAAACUUUACGAUCAAGCAUAUCAGCUUGGAGUUCAAGAGGCCAAAGAAAUGUCGCGCGGUAAAUGUUUAAACAUCUUCACAAGUAACCGUAAAAAAACAUGAAUAAUACUAUAAGUACUUAAGUUUAUUUUAGGUGUUAUUGGUUUAGUGGAGGAAUUCGAAUACAUUUUAAAGCAACUAAACAA